UAUAAAAUAAAAUAAUCGGCCGAAGACACUCCAUUCCAACACUAAGGAAAAUUCCACGCCAGAAUUUUACGCAACCUUGCACCCCCUCCAUCUCUGAGCGUCUCUCACUAUGAGCAGGGGAGAAGGAGCGCCGACAUAUAUACAAUGAUCGCAGCAUCUGGAAACGAAAAUUCGGAAGCCGACUUUCCCCAGUCCGAAGCGGUGAUCUGCCCCGAGUCUCCCGUUUCCUUGUCGCCGGAAAACCGCGAGCUGUUCAUCAGAAACGCCUCGUCCAGGCGGGAUACUCAGACUUCCACCGGCAGCGCAAACCAGCAGGAAAGCAGCACCGAGCGCCUGGUUUCCUCGGCAGCUCUUGCCGCUGCCUACAUCAUGACAUCGGGGGAGUUCAUGCACACCACUCCCUUGUUCGUGCGAAGAUCCAGAAGGAACAACCUCUACAAAAUCCUCUGCUUCCUCUUCCUCCUCUUCCAGGGUGGAAUUCUAGAUUUCUACCUGAUAGUGUUCACUGAUCUCUACUGGUGCUCGUGGAUAGCCACCGACCUGGUGGUGAUGACGGGCUGGGGUAUUUUCUUUCUGAAAAACGCAAGGAGCAAACGGGAGCGAGCCUGUGGUUUUCACCAGAAGAGCUCAAUAUUCGGUUGCAACCUCGGGGAGUUCACCUACUCCUACCUCGCCUGGCUUAUAUACGUCAUUGCGUGCACCCCGAAAGUGGUGCUUAUUUUGGAGACGUCGAUUUUGGACCUGAUCACGCUCAAAGUCCCGCUCGGGAUCACCGGCUUUAAGAUAAUCAUUACACUGUCUGCACCGCUGCUCUACUGCUUAAUCAAUUCAGUCAUCGAGGACUUUAACGGGGCCACGCGCUACCACUCCCAAAGUUGCUUCCUAAGCACCUGCAUGGAUAUGCUGGACAGCUUCACCUUGAUCGAGAUGGUCCUAAUGAACGAGAUUCCUACUGUGUACCUUAAGUACACGGUCAUAUCCGUCUAUUUUAUCGCGCUGGGCGUCCCAGUGCUCUGGUUGUAUGAGCUGACAGCCUCCCAGAUGCACUGUCGGUGGAUUUGGGCAAGGUUUCUCUCCAGCGUCCUGGUUAACGCUCCCCUGCUUGUCGUCAGGUGUUUCCUGGUUUAUGUUUACAAAAUGCCCGUUUCGGUGCUGAUGUUUAAGAACAUAUUCUUCUUGGCUUGUAAGUGCCUGGAAUUGGUCGAGCAAUGUCUAACUGUUAAGGGAGCUCGGAGGUACGCCAGUAACCAAACUCAAGUGUCCCACUGCGUCUCUGAAAACGACAUGUGCCCACACGGCUAUGUCAAUACCUUGGCAGUUAACACCCAAUCUUAAAUAUAUCCGAGAGGGGAGGCGAGAUAAGGUAUUGCUUUAAAAGUCGGUUAAGUGGGACCAUUGAAAUAGCCUUACACGACGGUGUCUACCUGCAAAAUAAUUUCAACCGGUGCUACAAUCAAACACUAUAUUAGCCAAUCUACUGUUAUUAACAUUUAGUAUCUGGCAAUGACCACAGAAAUCGACAUGAGUUGCCUGUACUGGAUAUUUUGUGAUAUGAGAAUUUUGUGCGUUAUGUGGUUUGAUUGAACUCAUGAUUUGCACUUGUACAGUAUGUUGCACUUUAAUGGAAUUUAACAGGUGUGUCAUUGAUCUAACGUGAAGGUUUUGAGUGCAAUGUCUCAAAGUGACGUGACUGAAUACUAGUGUUACGGUUCAGUGUGAAUUAUUAUAUAGCUACUAUAAUCCUAAUGUCUACAAAAACAUGUUGCAUUUUCCAAAUUUCUAUUUAAUACACUUCAUCCGCAAUGGGAACUGCAAAGCGCGCUUUGCGUUAAACUGGUUUGUGCGUCUUCUAUGUUGAAUAAAUGCGUUUUUGUACAAUAGGGCUCCCCACUGAGCAGUGGACGUCGUUUCAGCGUCUCGUUUAUGAUUUUAGCUCUCAUAUAACUCAGGAUCUGUCCAGCUAACCCUAGCACACUUUCAGCCCGAGCACCGUAAUAAGCAUUAUGUAUUCAUUUUAUCGAAUCCGCCACACGCAUUGAUCAGACGCAUUGGAGAACUGUUAAAAAAUGUAGUUUCAUCUUUUUAAUAUGCCACUCAACUGGGCCCGACACGUUUUGCGUCUCUAUGGUUUUUCUGUCACAUAUUCCCCGUGCGGUUAAGCUUAGCCCACUUUCAGCCAAAGCACUAAAAUAGGCAUAAUUCUUUUCCCUUUUUUUGUUGCCAAAACCAUUAAUCAGAUUGGGGAGCUCUUAACAGUUUUUUUUUUAUCGGCUAGCAGUAUUCAAAAGAUAAUGAGGUCAUCGCCGACCCCUGGAAAACUAAAAUUAAAAUGGAAAUUGGGUUGAUGGAUAAAGUCUCCUUUGUCACAUGAAUUUUAUUCCACGAAAAAUGGUAAGAAAUAUCUCAUGCAGAAUCCACAUUUUAAAUGAACGGAUUCUAAAACCGAGUUCCCAGUCUUGUUACUUAGUAACUGAAAUGGCAUUCAAGUAAGAUGUAUGAAAAUGUAAGCCAACAUUAAUAAUCUCUCCUCAAAUGAUCAGAAACGCACUUUGUACUUGGUCCUCCACUAGAGGGCAGUAAUACACCACAAAGCGUCUCAUCAAACAAGAGGAAUUUGGACACACUAUGCGCAUCAUUUUAACUGGAGCGAUUCGCAAUUAUCGGUUUUGGGUACAUAUUAGUGUUUUUAAUUCAUCAGCCGUCAUUUUGUUUUCUUGGUUUGGAGAUAAGUGUGAUUCGAUUUGAAAACCCUAGUGAAUGUAACGCCGUCAGCUUGAGCCGAGGAACAUUAGCUAGCAAGAUCUAACGUUAGCCAACAUGACUAGAUACAGCCCAUUUAGGCUUUGUAUUCAAGUUAUUUUAGACAUUUCCUGCAACUGGGAGUGGCUUAAAAAUAUUAAUUUCUUAACCGUCGUCUUUGUCCUUCGAACACUAUUCAUGUCUUUUUGUUACUUCACGUUGCCCGAGAUACGACUAUCAGAGUCCAAUUAUCUUACGCCGUUUGACGGACUCGUGGCCGCUACAACCUACAAGAGCCAUAAUAUUUCAUAAAAGAUUGGAAAAUAUUAAUGUAUCAUGUUAGCCUAAUGAUUUUGAUGCAUUAUUAUAUUGCUAGGUUUUAGAGGUAUCGCGGUAGGCCUAGUGCUUUCCCCAUUUUUUUCUGCGCAUUUCUUCAAUAAAAAGGAUUCUUUUAAAAUAGAUUUUAAUAUUUUAAGAUUUUAAAUAGUUUUAAAAAGUGGCCU